AUGGUUGUCGAUACGAACGAUUUCCCCGGGUUGCCACCUUUCCCAAGUGAUAUACCAACCGCUCCCCUACUGCGUCUAUCUCUCCAGAAGCUGCUUGCGCGUGACGCGAACGAGGUCCAGAGGCUGAUGCAAGCAUGUGAAGAUCUAGGGUUCUUCUACCUCUACCUGGAAGGCUCCGAAGAGGGCCGUGGCAUCCUCAGUGAUGCAGACAAGCUGUUUCAAACAGGCGAGAACCUGUUAAAUCUCAGUCUGGAGGAGAAACUACAAUAUGACUUUAGCAACCAGAACUCCUACCACGGCUAUAAAGCGCAGGGUGCAGCGGUCGUUGAUCGUCAAGGGAAUCUUGACCGGAACGAAUUCUACAAUAUCUCGAAGAACGACAUCCUAGGCAUCACACCACAGCUCCCAGCCCCCGCAAUCCUCCAUCAAGCUCGCCCAACCCUCAAAUCAUUCAUCCGCACUUCCCAUUCAAUCGUCACGCUGAUCCUCACCCUCCUAAACGACAGCCUAGGCCUCCCGCCCUCAACUCUAGCAGGCCUCCACCGUCUCAACGCUCUCAGCGGCGACCAAGUCCGCUUCAUCAAGGCGCCACCCCAGCCCGCCGACGACAGACGCACCGCACUAGGCGAACACACCGACUUCGGCAGCAUCACGAUCCUCUUCAACCGCCUCGGCGGCCUGCAGGUUCUCCCGCCCGGCGCGGACGCGCAAUGGGUCUACGUGCGGCCUCUCCCGGGACACGCGAUCGUGAAUCUGGGAGACGCAAUGGUCAAGUUCACAAAUGGGCUGUUCCGCUCGAACAUCCACCGCGUGGCGGCGCCACCGGGCCAGCAGGCUGAUUGGACCCGGUAUAGUCUUGUCUACUUCUCGCGGCCGGAGGAUGAUGUAGUCCUUAAGCGGUUGGAAGGGUCGGAUCGGAUUCCUGAGCUGAAAGAAGGGGACGUCGAGGAAGAAGUCAACAGCAAGGAUUGGAUCAUCCGUCGCGCGUUGGGGAAGAGGGUCAAUUUGGGGGAGAUUGACUUUGAGAAGUCCGCAGGGACGGAGCAGUUGAGUCGGAGGAUUAAGGUGUAA